AUGCACCAGUGGACAGCUAGAAAAGGUCCUUAUUCACAAGGCUCUCAAGAUCUUUACUUGGAGAAGAUAUUUUCGGUAUUUCAUACAACGAAUCGAUACUUUGUCGAGUUCGGUUUCAAUUCACUUACCUAUGGGCCCCAUACAUCGGGUGCAAAUACGCAAAAGUUGUAUGAAGCUGGCUGGCGUGGGCUUCUGCUAGACGCUAACAACGAAAAUACGAGGAUCAAUUUGAAAAAGCAUUAUUUGUUCGCAACCAAUAUUGUAGCUAUCUUCGAAGAAAACAAUGUUCCAAAAGAACUUGACUAUCUUUCGUGUGAUAUGGAUUCGCAUGAUUUAUGGGUAUUUCGUGCCAUUUUAGAAGCUGGAUACCGUCCGCGAGUAAUCACAACCGAAUACAAUUCGAACUACCCCAUCACAGAUGCAAUAACUCUGCUAGAUCCAACCAUAGUCAGAAAUAGCGUCGACAUUGACAAAUUUGAAUUUAAAUUUUCCCAGUGUGCAUGGGGUGCCGGGGCAGGCGCUUUGCGCAUAGUAGCAGAAGCACACGGAUACAAGAUGGUUGGAAGAGUCGGUAAUCUGGAUCUUAUAUGGAUGAGAAACGACCUCUUGAUGAAUCAGUGUUCUCUUCUUCCUCCAUUCGAAUGGUUUUUCCAUGAUGCAUCCAUUGGAAAAUUACAUCAUAGACAACAAUCGUCUUCUGAUAUACUUUCACAGAUAAUCGAUUAUGAAACGUAUGUGCGUACUGGAGGAAAUCUUACAGCAAGUAACAGAGCAGCUCACUCUAUUCUAAAAAGACGACGUUUACCGUGUUACGAAAGCGUGAAAAACUUCUUUUAA